AUAGAUGGAAACUUCAGAUGAUAGAUGAGAAUGUCCAGCGUGAGAUAAUCAACCAUAGAUCACUGAAGCAUCCCAACAUCAUUAGGUUUAAGGAGGUUAUUUUAACUCCGACUCAUCUUGCUAUUGUCAUGGAAUAUGCAUCUGGUGGCGAGCUUUUUGAGAGAAUAUGUAAAAAUGUACGAUUCGGUGAAGAUGAGGCUCGCUACUUCUUCCAGCAGCUUAUAUCUGGAGUGAGCUACUGCCAUUCAAUGCAAGUAUGUCACCGUGACUUGAAGCUGGAGAACACACUGUUGGAUGGUAGUCCUGCUCCUCGCUUGAAGAUAUGUGAUUUUGGCUAUUCUAAGUCUUCAGUUCUCCAUUCACAACCAAAAUCAACUGUCGGAACACCUGCUUAUAUUGCACCUGAAGUUCUUUUGAAGAAAGAAUAUGAUGGCAAGAUUGCUGAUGUAUGGUCAUGUGGUGUGACACUUUAUGUCAUGGUUGUUGGUGCAUAUCCUUUUGAGGAUCCAGAAGAGCCUAAAAACUUUCGGAAGACAAUUCAGCGUAUCUUGAGUGUUCAGUAUUCAAUUCCAGAUAACGUGGACAUAUCUCCAGAGUGCAGGCAUCUAAUUUCGAGGAUUUUUGUUGGGGAUCCUGCUUUGAGGAUAACCAUCCCUGAAAUACGGAACCAUGGCUGGUUCUUAAAGAACCUUCCGGCUGAUCUUAUGGAUGAUGAUAGUAUGAGCAGCCAAUAUGAGGAGCCUGAUCAGCCAAUGCAAACGAUGGACCAGAUCAUGCAAAUUUUAACGGAGGCCACCAUACCGCCUGCUUGCUCUCGUAUGAACCGCAUCCUAACUGGCGGACUCGACAUGGACGAUGACAUGGAUGAUCUUGAAUCGGACUCGGAUCUUGAUAUCGAUAGCAGUGGAGAGAUUGUGUAUGCUAUGUGAGGCAUCUCAAGCUGCUGCUACCUUAUCGAGGAACCAUAGAAUCAGCUGGAGGGCACAGCCUGACCUGAUGUUGUACCUUGUCAAAGAACUGGCAGCGUUCUGUUGGAAGUCCUGUAUUUUGCUUAGUGUCUUGUUCUGUGUACUGGGAUUAGUCCUCGGAAACCAUCCUUUCUCUUCAUGUUAAUUAAUCUGCUACACAUGUGCUGGUAGUAUGUACUCAAACUCAUGUCAAUGUGCGACUCCGUGACUCAACUUGAGGUUUUUAGUUUCUGUAUAGGUAAUAGCUUCUUGUUUGGGUCAGUCUGCCAAAAUUUACAGGCGAAGUUGAAUCUAGAAAAAAAAAAUCAAUACAGGAGAGCUUUAUUUGUGCAUAUUAUUCUAUCUAUGUACCGUAAUUACAACCAGGUAAUGCAAGGGUCAAUUUGUGGUU